UAAUAGACAAGGUCAUCCAUUGGUUUUAUUGGUGAUUGGGUAGACCGAUUUGUUUUUGAUGCUGUAACGUCCAUGAAGAAUGUAGCACUCACCAGCAUUAUCUUAGUUUAUCAUGCUAUAACUUGUGAUGUUUUCGCGAAUAAUUAUGUUCUGCUUUCUAGUUUCGAUAAGCUGUGCAAGGAACGGAAUGACAAAGGAUUUGUCGCUAAUUAUGUAGUGGAUGAUAUUACAAUCCGUGAACAGUUAGUGUUAUCGUGGCCUGGGGAUUUAAAUACGUCUUCGUUUUAUAAUCCUCCAAGGAAUCCGAAAUUUGCAUUGUGUCCUGGAUUAGUCAUUCAUCCUUCUGGUCGUUUUGUAAAAAGAUCAUUUCCAGAAGGUCUAGCUCUCUUUUGGCUAUUAAGAGCUAAUAUCCACUUUACUUGUCCUAAAAAUGCCCAUUUGUCUGAAUCCUUUUAUCUUCAAUUGGAACAAUGGAUUGAGUCGUUGGAGUGGAACACAAAACACCGGCGACAAGAUGCUUUAAAGGAUCAAGAUGGUGAUAAUAUAGAUUCAACUAGUAUCGGAGAAGCACCUGAUGAAAUCUUACUGAUCAACUGCUCGAGUUCUUACAUUGGUCAGUCUAACCAUUGGAGUUUAUCUGGAUAUUUACGAAGGAUUCGCAUUACUUGGAAGCUGAGAAAUGAAACAGAAGUUACAGAUCUUACGACAAUUACAAAUACAUCACUGUCGAGUACUUCUUCCUCUUCUGUUAUCUUUUUGAAUACAAGUUUCAGUGACUCUUCGUUGUCAUCAACAUCCCACUUAAACAAUCUGAAUAAUCAACAUUUUCUUUCCAGAUCAGGCAUUAAAUUUCUUGUGCGUAUCUCUUCACAUAUGCUGUUUGUAGGAAAUUUCUCUAUGGAACGCCAGGAAAAAUCUUUAGUUAUAUAUAUAUAUAUAUAUAUAUAUAUAUAUAUAUAUAUAUAUAUAUAUAUAUAUAUAUAUAUAUAUGAUGAUGAUGAUGAUGAUGAUGAUGAUGAUGAUGAUGAUGAUGAUGAUGAUGAUGAUGAUGAUGAUGAUGAUGAUGAUGAUGAUGAUGAUGAUGAUGAUGAUGAUGAUGAUGAUGAUGAUGAUGAUGAUGAUGAUGAUGAUGAUGAUGAUGAUGAUGAUGAUGAUGAUGAUGAUGAUGAUGAUGAUGAUGAUGAUGAUGAUGAUGAUGAUGAUGAUGAUGAUGAUGAUGAUGAUGAUGAUGAUGAUGAUGAUGAUGAUGAUGAUGAUGAUGAUGAUGAUGAUGAUGAUGAUGAUGAUGAUGAUGAUGAUGAUGAUGAUGAUGAUGAUGAUGAUGAUGAUGAUGAUGAUGAUGAUGAUGAUGAUGAUGAUGAUGAUGAUGAUGAUGAUGAUGAUGAUGAUGAUGAUGAUGAUGAUGAUGAUGAUGAUGAUGAUGAUGAUGAUGAUGAUGAUGAUGAUGAUGAUGAUGAUGAUGAUGAUGAUGAUGAUGAUGAUGAUGAUGAUGAUGAUGAUGAUGAUGAUGAUGAUGAUGAUGAUGAUGAUGAUGAUGAUGAUGAUGAUGAUGAUGAUGAUGAUGAUGAUGAUGAUGAUGAUGAUGAUGAUGAUGAUGAUGAUGAUGAUGAUGAUGAUGAUGAUGAUGAUGAUGAUGAUGAUGAUGAUGAUGAUGAUGAUGAUGAUGAUGAUGAUGAUGAUGAUGAUGAUGAUGAUGAUGAUGAUGAUGAUGAUGAUGAUGAUGAUGAUGAUGAUGAUGAUGAUGAUGAUGAUGAUGAUGAUGAUGAUGAUGAUGAUGAUGAUGAUGAUGAUGAUGAUGAUGAUGAUGAUGAUGAUGAUGAUGAUGAUGAUGAUGAUGAUGAUGAUGAUGAUGAUGAUGAUGAUGAUGAUGAUGAUGAUGAUGAUGCAUCAUCAUCAUCAUCAUCAUCAUCAUCAUCAUCAUCAUCAUCAUCAUCAUCAUCAUCAUCAUCAUCAUCAUCAUCAUCAUCAUCAUCAUCAUCAUCAUCAUCAUCAUCAUCAUCAUCAUCAUCAUCAUCAUCAUCAUCAUCAUCAUCAUCAUCAUCAUCAUCAUCAUCAUCAUCAUCAUCAUCAUCAUCAUCAUCAUCAUCAUCAUCAUCAUCAUCAUCAUCAUCAUCAUCAUCAUCAUCAUCAUCAUCAUCAUCAUCAUCAUCAUCAUCAUCAUCAUCAUCAUCAUCAUCAUCAUCAUCAUCAUCAUCAUCAUCAUCAUCAUCAUCAUCAUCAUCAUCAUCAUCAUCAUCAUCAUCAUCAUCAUCAUCAUCAUCAUCAUCAUCAUCAUCAUCAUCAUCAUCAUCAUCAUCAUCAUCAUCAUCAUCAUCAUCAUCAUCAUCAUCAUCAUCAUCAUCAUCAUCAUCAUCAUCAUCAUCAUCAUCAUCAUCAUCAUCAUCAUCAUCAUCAUCAUCAUCAUCAUCAUCAUCAUCAUCAUCAUCAUCAUCAUCAUCAUCAUCAUCAUCAUCAUCAUCAUCAUCAUCAUCAUCAUCAUCAUCAUCAUCAUCAUCAUCAUCAUCAUCAUCAUCAUCAUCAUCAUCAUCAUCAUCAUCAUCAUCAUCAUCAUCAUCAUCAUCAUCAUCAUCAUCAUCAUCAUCAUCAUCAUCAUCAUCAUCAUCAUCAUCAUCAUCAUCAUCAUCAUCAUCAUCAUCAUCAUCAUCAUCAUCAUCAUCAUCAUCAUCAUCAUCAUCUCAUCAUCAUCAUCAUCAUCAUCAUCAUCAUCAUCAUCAUCAUCAUCAUCAUCAUCAUCAUCAUCAUCAUCAUCAUCAUCAUCAUCAUCAUCAUCAUCAUCAUCAUCAUCAUCAUCAUCAUCAUCAUCAUCAUCAUCAUCAUCAUCAUCAUCAUCAUCAUCAUCAUCAUCAUCAUCAUCAUCAUCAUCAUCAUCAUCAUCAUCAUCAUCAUCAUCAUCAUCAUCAUCAUCAUCAUCAUCAUCAUCAUCAUCAUCAUCAUCAUCAUCAUCAUCAUCAUCAUCAUCAUCAUCAUCAUCAUCAUCAUCAUCAUCAUCAUCAUCAUCAUCAUCAUCAUCAUCAUCAUCAUCAUCAUCAUCAUCAUCAUCAUCAUCAUCAUCAUCAUCAUCAUCAUCAUCAUCAUCAUCAUCAUCAUCAUCAUCAUCAUCAUCAUCAUCAUCAUCAUCAUCAUCAUCAUCAUCAUCAUCAUCAUCAUCAUCAUCAUCAUCAUCAUCAUCAUCAUCAUCAUCAUCAUCAUCAUCAUCAUCAUCAUCAUCAUCAUCAUCAUCAUCAUCAUCAUCAUCAUCAUCAUCAUCAUCAUCAUCAUCAUCAUCAUCAUCAUCAUCAUCAUCAUCAUCAUCAUCAUCAUCAUCAUCAUCAUCAUCAUCAUCAUCAUCAUCAUCAUCAUCAUCAUCAUCAUCAUCAUCAUCAUCAUCAUCAUCAUCAUCAUCAUCAUCAUCAUCAUCAUCAUCAUCAUCAUCAUCAUCAUCAUCAUCAUCAUCAUCAUCAUCAUCAUCAUCAUCAUCAUCAUCAUCAUCAUCAUCAUCAUCAUCAUCAUCAUCACAUCAUCAACACCAUCAUCCAUAACAACCCCCACCCACCCCCCCACCCAACCAAACCCCCCCACAUCCCACAAAAUCCUGUUCCCAAAAACUGA